AUGGCUUCGAUAAGUGUGCUUCAAUUUCAUACGCACAUGGAAGGAGUUGUGGCAGCUAAGAGGGUUGAGGAUGGACGCGUCGAGAUUGAGUUCCCUACGGGCACCACAGCAGAACUACGUGAGAAGGAGAAAUCCAGAAUAACUCCGUUGAUCAACAAGGCUUUCGGACGGGAGGUUGUCAUCAACUAUCUAGGUGCCAGUGGGCCUCCCUACGAGCAUGCGCUUCUCAUUGAGCUAGACGAAGAGGAGAACCUUAAAGAAUGUCAAGUGGACGUAGAAGCCGCAACACUGGCUACGAAAUAA